UUGCGGUUGCGCGGCCACAACUACUGCACCGAGAACUCAUCAAAAUUCGAAAUGGCGGCGACGGCGUAUGCAGCGGCAGCAUCAUCCUCCAUGGCGGCGACCGCCGUGUUGGUUCCACGUGUGUCGGCACCCAACAGAAUCACCCGGUGCUCUGCCUUGCCGUGCCUCCCUCCUCGCAGCUCCGCUUCCUCCUUUUCCACUUCCAUCAAGCUAGUUCCAGAACCCCGGAGGUUUUCCCUGUUCCAGACAAGAGCCUCAGAUGACACAUCUACCCCUGUUGAUGCUGGGGAGCUUUUCACUGACUUGAAGGAAAAGUGGGAUGCUGUUGAAAACAAGUCCACAGUAGUACUCUAUGGAGGUGGUGCAAUAGUUGCUGUAUGGCUGGCAUCCAUUGUUGUUAGUGCCAUUAACUCAGUCCCUCUGCUUCCGAAGAUAAUGGAGUUGAUUGGGCUUGGAUACACAGGAUGGUUUGUCUACAGAUACCUACUAUUCAAGUCAAGCAGGAAAGAACUAGCUACGGAUAUUGAGGCGCUGAAGAAGAAGAUUGCUGGAACCGAGUAAAAUCUAGAAGCUAAGCAUUUUCAAUUAUUGUGAUCAUUCUCUUUCGGUCCUCUGUACUAAUGUAAAAGAGAGUCCAUAUCCUGUAAUGUAGGACAGCUCCUACAAUUUCAUGUUUUCCCUGUUUGUGAAACAAAAAAUUGUCCAAUUUUAUGUCUAUGGCUUAUAACCAAGUGCAAUUCCCAUGAUAGAGAAGUAUUUGUUUCCACCUGUUUAAUGUACCCUGAAUCUGAUUGCCCCUUCAAUAAUACGGCAGGUUGAUG